ACUGUUAUUCAGACCACUUUGCCAUUAUGACUGAAUGGAAACUGCAGUUUCUUCUGUUCCUGCCACUGUGUUUGUGUUUUGACUCCGAAGAGACGAUUGUGAAAACCAUUGGGAGAGAACCAGAUGUCACCCUGCUAUGCAGCAAUGCAACACUGAGCACCAUCACACUCAUAGUGUGUAGGAUCAGCACAGAGAUGAGCAGAGGAGAGGAGUGUCAUCUGCUGUAUCGAUUUGGAGGGGACUUUGUACAUGAAUGUGACUCCAGGUUCACACUUAUGGAAGAGAAUCAGACUGUGUUUCUUCACCUGACCAGUUUAACUCCAGUGGAUAGUGGGAGUUACACCUGUGAGUGUUCACAUGCUCACGGAACAGAUAAAAUUCACCUCAGUUUCACUGUGGAAGGAGAAGAAGAGGGCAGCACUUCUCCUAUAACAAUUCUCAUUUAUACCGCUGUGAUUUGUUGUGCUGCUGGAUUAAUCACCGUCACUGGAGUCGUCCUCGGGCUCACUCUCAGAAAGUGUUUUUGCAGAUACAAUUCAUGGUCAGGAUCAUCCGUCUGUGAAACCCCCGUCUCUGUGGACAAAGAUGAGCCAGAUGAUCCCUACACAAACCUUGAGCAGUCAGGAAGCGGCCUCUACGAGACUAUGUCCCCAGUGCACCAUCAACUUGACAAGAAGAGGACUUCCGCCAGCAGCAAAAUAGUGACUGUGCAUUUGGAACAGGAAAUCUAUGAAAACAUGUAAACCCAAAGUCAAGAUAAGAUGUUUUUAUAAUCAAACUGUUGGAGAAGUCACAAAAUUACUAUACAGUGUUAAAAAUGCUGUAUCACAUAAUUCCUUCUGUACAGCACAUUAUUAGUCAUGUGCAGCUACUCCUCAAAGAGAGAAGAGUAUGCGCAUUAUCAUUAUAUACAUGUACAG